UUUUUAAAUAAAAAAUAUUUAUAAUUUUACAAAACUUACUUCAUUCUAGUAACAUAAAUCAUGUAAAUAUUUAUUUUUUGUGGAUCUAAAUUUUGUUGAUGGAUUAUGAGAUUUUUUGUUACGACAUUUAUUAGGUAGAUCUAUAUCUACAAUAAAAUAAAAACUAAAAUAAAAAUGUCUACACAAAAAAUUGUUAAAAGUAGGAAAUCUGUUGAAACUUCAAUUACAACCUCAAAUAACACUAAAUUGAAAAUAAAAAAUAAAAAAGGAUCAAAACUAAUAAAACUAAAUAUUGAUAGUCAAAAAUCAACUGAUGGAUAUCACUGUAUUCCUAAAAAUGCUGCUUUUGAAUAUAUAUCCAGGUCUGGUUAUAUAUUCAACAAAGUUUUAAAGGGUAAAAAAGUUAUUUGGGAAUCUCAAAACAAUGAAUUUGGAUACAAAGUAAUGAUUAAAAGUUAUAAUAAUGAAGAUUAUAUGACGAUUUUUUUCACAAACAAAAAAUUUAAAGUGUUUAAGGCUGGAAAAAAUGAUAUCUUCGAAAUGAUUACAGAUAUUAAAACCCACUCUGAUCUAAAGACAUUUGAUGAUGAGAUUAGUUCUAAUACUGAUGUGGAUUCAUGUAUUAAGCUAUACACCAAAGAUAAUGAAGGAAAAAAUGUUUUGAUGCCUACUGAUAUGUAUGAUGUUGAAUUUAAUGGAGAAGAUGUCGAGGUAUACAGUUUUAAAAAAGGAUCAAAGUGUACAAUGGUUAAAUUAGGAAAUUGUGUAAUUUGGGAAUAUGAAAAAAAUAAAAAUAUAUAAUAAGUUACACAAAUGUUUUUAGUUGAUUCAUAAUAAAAAUUUUAAAAAUAUCAACAAAAACGUGAAAACAAGAUUAAACUAAAAAUUAAUUAGAUGUUUGGAAUUUAUUUUCCUAAAAAUUAUCAAAAACAUUGGUUCUAGAUAAUGAGAAAUUUUUAAACAAAAAGGAAAUAUCAAAAAUUAUAUCUAACUGGAAAAUAAUUCAAUAUUUUGUCAAAUAUCUUUUUACAGAGUAUAAAAACUAACUGAAACCAAGGCAACUAUUAGUCAUGUGAAAGUUUAAUAUUUUUCCAUCAAACAUUUUUGUUUUGUUAAUUAACAGUUUUAAAAUAGUUUUAAAGUUGAUAAGUUUGGUUUUUUACCAAAAAUCCGUUUAAUUUUGAUUUAAAAAAUAUUAUUUUAAAUGC